AAAAAAGAGUGGUUAGAAAAUUAUUAAUAACAGGAAGAAGAAAAGCAAAGAAUUUUUUUAAGAAAGAAAAAAGGAAAAAUAUAUUAAGUAUAAAAGGUGAAAAGAAAUUUUCCACAUGAAGAUUAUUAAUAUUUUGCAUGUACAUGUGUAUGUAUAAACAUUUGGUAAUAAAGUGCAAUAUUGUAGUAGGAAUUGUUUUGGGUAGUUGGCGAAAAUUGGUAUAUGGCUCAUAAAUAUUACCACAUCAGUAUAUUUAUAUGAAGAAAAAUCAUUUAAGAACAAAUAAUUUUGUUUUUUUUUUCGAACUUUUUCGAAAAUAUUAUUGAUAAGGAACUAUAUCAUUAUAAUAAAGAGAAUGGAAAUGGCAGGAAACAACUGUCACAAACAAAAAGAUAUACAAUAGAACCUAAAAAUAUGCUGAAAUUUGAAUACAAGAGCAAAUAUACUAGAGAAACGAAUUAAUAUUUCUAUAAUAUUUUUAAAAAAUAAAAUAAAAUUAAUAAUGGAAAAUAUUUUAAAAUUUUAUAAAAAAAUUUAAUUUCAAAUGAUAAAAAUUUUAUAUUUAAAUAGUAAAAAUGAUAACUUUAAUAGAAAACGGCUGAAUAAAUUUUAAUAUUAAUUCUUAUUUAAAUAAUUAUUUCAAUAAAAAUAAAUAAAAUAAAAGUGUUUAAUAAAAAUUAAUUUUUUACGUUCUUAUUUAUUAUUUAGUGUUUUUUGGUUUUUCAAGAAAUUAUGAAUAAAAUAAUUUAGCAUUUUUGACAAGAACAACUGCAUACCGCGCCAAAGUUAACUUUUUUACAAUACUAAAAUUUAUAAAAUUAAUUUUAAAUAAAUUGCUUUUUUUUUCUAAAUUUUAAGAAAUAAAAUAUUACAAAAUCUAAUAUUGAAAUUUUAGCAAAAACUUAGUCAAAGUCAAAGUUAACAGAAAUAGAAAAGAUUAAAUUGAAUUAAAAUUUAAUAUUUCUUUUUAUUUUGUAAUUAAAUAAUUUUGUAAAUUACGAGUAUUAAUAAAAAAAAACUACUUAUAAACCCGUGAAAUAGUUGAAUUAUUUCGAUUUCUUUAAAAUUUAUUUUGUACAUUAUUUUUUUGAAAUUAUUACAAAUUUGUGGUAACACUUAAUGUUAACAGUCUAGUGGAAAACAAAUCUACUACAUAAAAAUAUUAAAAUUUUCUUUUUUUUUAAAUGCCAAAAUUAUAACCUCAAAAAUUUCAUUUAAUGAAAAAAUAUUGUAAUAUUACAGUUAUAAAUAAAUAUAAAAUGCUUAUUAAAAAUAAAAAUUUUAUUUAAGAGAAAAAGAGAAGAGAGAGAGAGAGAGAGAAACGGAACGAUAAAAGUGAAAAUUAAAAUUAAAAAAAAUUUUGCUUACAUUAGCGUCAGCUGUCAAAUACGAAAAUUGACGCAAUGGACAUUAAUAAAAAUUUUGGUAGAUGACCAAAAAUUUUUAUCAUUUAAAUUCAGAAACAAAAAAAAAAUUAAAUUUAAAAAAAAUAAUAAUAUUUGAAAUAAUUAAAUAAAAUUAAAAUAAAAAUCAGAAAAAUGGUUUAAAAAAUUAGAAAAAAAAAAAUUAAAUAAAUAAAUAUCAAAUAAAUAAUUAAUUAAUAAAUAAAAUUUAAAAUUAAAAAAAAAAAAAUAUUAAAGAAAAAAAAUAAGAUUUCAAAAGCUACCAUUAAAUGAAAAAUGUUCUCCAAUGGAAACUUUUUAAUUAUUCUUCUUGUUUUAAAUCAAACGAGUUUAAUACUAUUAUCAAUAGCUGAACCUAGUACAAAUAGUUCUUUAUUAUUUAUAAAUAAAGAGAGAAAUCAACAAAAUUUUUCUUAUUUACAACAAGAGAAUAAACAAGAUCAGCAACAACAACAAUUAAAAUUAAAACAGUACCAAAAAUACUCUAAUUAUAAAAAUGAUAUUAAAAAAUCAAAUUUAUCAUCAACAACGGCUAAUACUACAGCUACAACUACAAAUUCACCUAUAUUAUUAUCAUCAUCAAUAUCUUUAUCAUCAACAUUCUCAUCAUUAUCACCAUCAUUAUCAUCAUCAACAACAACAACAACAACAACAACAGAUAAAAGAGAAAUUAUAAAUAAAGUUUUUUCAAAAAAUAUUUUAAAAGAAAAUCAUAAUAAUAAUAAUAGUAAUUUUAAUAAUAAUAAUAAAAAUGUCAUCAAUAAUAUUCAACAUACUAAUACAACGAGAAAAUCAACAACAACAACAAUAUCACCAUCUACUGUUAAACAACAGAAAUAUAAUGAUGAUGAUAUUUCAGUGGAAAAAACUAUUGAAGAUUUAUCAAGUAUUGAAACUUUGUCUUUUGAAAAAAGGGGUGAUUCAAAAUCAAAAUUAUCAAAAUUAUCUUUAGAAUCAGUACCAUUACCAUCUUUAACAUCAUCAUCAAAUUCUGAAUCAUCAUCAUCAUCAUUACCAUCAGAAUUGCCUGGAUCAUCAAUAAAAUUAUCAAGGCAAUUACAUCAUCAAGAUAGAAAAUUAUUACGUAAUCAACAAUUACCAUCACCACAAUUAUCAAAUAUUAAUGAAUUACCAAUAUUUCCGGAACGUAGUGAUGCUGUUUAUUUUAUUGUUGCAAUAAUGGGUGGUGCAAAAACAUGGAGUCGUAUUAUGGCAAGAACAUUAUUAGAAAUGGGACCACCAUUUGGUAGUCCAAUGGGUCCACCAUUAAGACCAUUAUAUGUUGAUUUACCAGCUAGUGGAGGAUUUUCAGCAAAAGUAUUAACAUCACUUUGUCAGCAAAUUGAAAAUAUACCUUUAGCUGGUGUUGUUGUUAUAGGUGAUGGUCAAUCAGCACGUGCAAUAGCUUUAUCUGGUAAUGCUAUGCAAGUACCUGUAUUAUGGGCUAGAGGUGGAACAGCAAAUAUUCAUGGUAUUCAAAGAGAGGCUCAAUCCGCACUACAAUCUAUGUUACAACCAUCAGCUAGAGAAAUUUUGAAAGCAAUACGAGCAUUAUUUUUACAAACACAUUGGCAUUCUUUUUUUGUUUUGGCUGAUGUUGAUGCAGCAAUGGUAUUAGCUGGUAAUGAUGGACGUACAUUAAAAGAUCCACCAUUGCUGCCAACAAUACUUCCUUUGCCAGCUGGUGAUGGUGAUGUGUUCAGGCAACUAGCCAUAAUAUCUCGUUCAACUCGAGGUAUCGUACUGCUUCUUUGUAAUUUAAUUUCUGCUAGAAAAAUAAUGUCAGAAGCAAAACGCCUUAAUAUGGCCGGUGGUCAUUAUAUUUGGUUAUGGGCCGAUACAAGUAGUACAACUGAAUUUUUUGAUUUAAAUCAUCAUAAAUCUACAACAUUGGAUGAAACAAUGUUAGAAUAUCCAGAGGCUGUGAAAGAAUUUACUGUUGUAUCAUCAUCUUCAUCAUCUAUACCGUUAUCGGUAUCUUCAUCGUCAUCAUCAUCAUCACAAUCUUCGUCCUCUUCUUCUUCAAAUUUAUAUCGUCAAUCAAUACCAUCAUCAUCAUCAAUAUCAUCACCAUCUUCAACUAUUCUCUCAUCAUCUGAAGUGUCACCAUUGCCUGACUAUGAUGAAGAUAAUAUUUCAAAUAUGAAAAAUAAAAAUUUUCAUCAUAAAAUAAAUAAUAUAGGUAUAAAUGGUAUGAAUCUAAAUGGUGAUGGUAUUAGUAAUGAAAAUGGUUUCUAUAAUGGUGACAUUAAACCAAAAUCAUUUGAUGAAUCAAUAGAUGUGGUUAAAGGAACGACGACUGGUAGUACAAUAAAUUUUUUUAAUAAUAUCGAUAAGGAAAAGGAAGUUAUAAAUAUGAAAAAACAAAAACAGCACGAAUCCAGGAAGAAUAUACAACGUCAAGGAGAAACUCAGAGAUUGCCAUUUCAGCAGAAUAGAUUUGAAUCAAAAAAAUUUCAACAAGAUUCUUAUGAAGAUGCUGAUGAUGCUAUUGCUACUGCUACUGUUACAACUACUUCUAAUAAAGAUUAUAAUACUGGUGAAAAAGAUAUUAUAGAAGAAGAAAAUGAUAAUACUGAGAAUAUUGAUGAUGAUGUUAAUGACGAAAAAAAUUUAAGUAGUAAUGGUAAUGAUGACGAUGAUAAUGAUGAUGAAAAUUUAAAAAAACGUCAAGGAUAUAGUCAAGGACCAGGUCGAUAUGUUAUUGGUUUAUAUGAUGAUGAUAAUAUUGAUAUGUCAUUAGAAUUAAAAAAAAAUAAAGCCAAUCGAAGAUAUAGACAACAUACCGAUGAUUAUUAUAUCGAUGAUGAUAACAAUAAAGAUAGGAUGAUUCAGAGUAAAAGUGACAGCAAUAGUAAUAGUUAUUUUAAUAUUAAUAAUAAUAAUAAAAAUAGGAAUAGUAAUAGUAAAAUAUCAGAUAAAUAUUAUCCAACUGAAAAUCCUUACCUCAGUUUAAAAAAUUAUAAUUCAAUGGAAAUGAAUGAAAAUUUUGAUCAAUAUGACGAUGAUGAUGAUGAUUUAAUUGAUACAAGUAUGGAAGAAUGGUUUGAAUUACCUGGAAAUAAUUGGGCACAAAUCAAUAAUGAUACAACAUCAAAUUUAUCACCAACUAUAUUAGAUAAUAUAGAUGAAACAUCUGAUUUAAAAUUAUCAUAUGAUAGUGUUGAAAAUAAAAAUAUUAAUAAUAAUCAAAAUGAUAACAACAAUAAUAAUAAAAAUAUUAAUGAUAAUAGUAAUAAUAACAGUGGUGCUACACCUAUAUCCAAUUCAAAUAAUAAAAAAAUUAAAAAUAUUAAUAAUAACAAUAAUAGCAAUAACAGUAAUAAUAAUAAUAAUAAUAAUAGUAAUCAAAAAUUAAAACCAAAACGUACAUCAUUUAGUGAAGCGUCACACUAUAUUAAAAAUUUAACACGUUCAUCAGAUGUUUUAUUUCAUUAUUUUAAAGAUUUUCCAGUUGGUUUAUUAGCAUUACGUCCAGUUAAAAUGCCAGUUGAUCGUAAUUUUGUACGUUCAACAAUACGUUUAUUUGCAUCAACAUGGGCAAGAAUAACAUUUGAUAAUAAUCUACAUAAUAAUAUUAAUUUAAGUAUUAAUAAUUAUCAAAAAAAUUAUAUAAAUAAUAUUAAUAAAAAUCAAAAUUUUCGCCAAUAUGGCACUAAUAUAUAUGACAAUUAUAAUUGGUUUGCAUCGGUAAAUAGCCGUGAAUUAAUACGUGAUCGUUUAAGAAAUUUUUUUCAUACCGAAUAUAAACGCAAACGAUUGCGUCGUAAUAUAUUAAUUCGUUCAAAUUUCAUUAAAUUUAAUAAUUUAAAUUCAAAUCAUAUUAAUAAUAAUAAUAAUAACAAUAAUAAACAAAUUAUUAAUAAUAAUUAUAACAGUAAUAAUAAUAAUCAUUAUAGUAAUAAUAAUAAUAAAAAUCGUUAUAUUCGUGAAAUAAAUUUUAAUGAAAUUGAAACAGUUAACAAAACUAUAAAUAAUAAUAAUAAUAAUAACAAAAAAAAUAUAAAAAAUAAUGAUAAUGAUGAAAAUUUAAACAAAAGAUGCUGCAUAUAG